CAAAGAAUUCACACUGGGGAGAAGCCCUAUAAAUGCUUUGAGUGUGGGAAGAGCUUUGCUCUCAGCUCACACCUUAAGCAGCAUCAACGAAUUCACACUGGGGAGAAGCCCUAUAAAUGCUUAGAGUGUGGGAAGACCUUUGCUCACAGCACACAGCUUAAGCAGCAUCAAGGAAUUCACCCUGGGGGGAAGCCCUAUAAAUGCUUUGAGUGUGGGAAGUGUUUUGCUCUCAGCUCACACCUUAAGCAGCAUCAACGAAUUCACACUGGGGAGAAGCCCUAUAAAUGCUUAGAGUGCGGGAAGACCUUUGCUCAGAGAACACACCUUGCACCAUCAGGAAAUUCACAGCAUCAACGAAUUCACACUGGGGAGAAGCCCUAUAAAUGCUUGGAGUGUGGGAAGAGCUUUGCUCAUAGCACACAGCUUAAGCAGCAUCAACGAAUUCACACUGGGGAGAAGCCCUAUAAAUGCUUAGAGUGUGGGAAGACCUUUGCUCAUAGCACACAGCUUAAGCAGCAUCAAGGAAUUCACCCUGGGGGGAAGCCCUAUAAAUGCUUUGAGUGUGGGAAGUGUUUCGCUCUCAGCUCACACCUUAAGCAGCAUCAACGAAUUCACACUGGGGAGAAGCCCUAUAAAUGCUUAGAGUGCGGGAAGACCUUUGCUCAGAGAACACACCUUAAGCACCAUCAGGAAAUUCACACUAGGGAGAAGCCCUAUAAAUGUUUAGAGUGCGGGAAGAGCUUUGCUCAGAGCAGAUAUCUUAAGCUGCAUCAAAGAAUUCACACUGGGGAGAAGCCCUAUAAAUGCUUUGAGUGUGGGAAGAGCUUUGCUCAGAGAACACACCUUAAACAGCAUCAGGGAAUUCACACUGGAGAGAAGCCCUAUAAAUGCUUAGAGUGUGGGAAGAGCUUUGCUAACAGGUCAAGCCUUAAGCACCAUCAGGAAAUUCACAUUAGGGAGAAGCCCUAUAAAUGCUUUGAGUGCGGGAAGAGCUUUGUUCACAGCAGCAGACUUAAGCUGCAUCAAAGAAUUCACACCGGGGAGAAGCCCUAUAAAUGCUUUGUGUGCGGGAAGAGCUUUGCUCAGGGUAUACAUCUUAAGCUGCAUCAAGGAAUUCACUCUGGGGAGAAGCCCUAUAAAUGCUUAGAAUGCGGGAAGAGCUUUCAUCGGUGCACAGAACUUAAGCGACAUCAAAGAAUUCACACUGGGGAGAAGCCCUAUAAAUGCUUUGAGUGCGGGAAGAGCUUUGCUCAGGGUAUAAAUCUUAAGCACCAUCAAAGAAUUCAUACUGGGGAGAAGCCCUAUAAAUGCUUUGAGUGCGGGAAGAGCUUUGCUCACAGCAGCAGCUUUAAGAAGCAUCAAAGAAUUCACACUGGGGAGAAGCCCUAUAAAUGCUUUGAGUGCGGGAAGAGCUUUGCUCAGGGUAUACAUCUUAAGCGGCAUCAAAGAAUUCACACUGGGGAGGAGCCCUAGAAAUGCUUUGAGUGUCGGAAGACCUUUGCUCAGAGCACAAGCCUUAAGGUGCAUGAAAGAAUUCACACUGGGGAGAAGCCCUAUAAAUGCUUUGACUGCGGGAAGACCUUUGCUCAGAGCACACACCUUCACCUGCAUCAAAGAAUUCACACUGGGGAGAAGCCCUAUAAAUGCUUAGAGUGUGGGAAGACCUUUGCUCGGAGCACACAGCUUAAGCAGCAUCAAGGAAUUCACACUGGGGAGGAGCCCUAUAAAUGCUUUUACUGCGGGAAGACCUUUGCUAACAGCACAAGCCUUAAGCGGCAUCAAAGAAUUCACACUAGGGAGAAGCCCUAUAAAUGCUUAGAGUGUGGGAAGAGCUUUGCUCAUAGCAGCAAACUAAAGCGGCAUCAAGGAAUUCACACUGGGGAGAAGCCCUAUAAAUGCUUAGAAUGCGGGAAGAGCUUUGUUCAAAGCUCAUACCUUAAGCUGCAUGAAAGAAUUCACACUGGGGAGAAGCCCUAUAAAUGCUUAGAGUGUGGGAAGAGCUUUGCUCACAGCACAAGCCUUAGGCUGCAUCAAGGAAUUCACACUGGGAAGAAGCCCUAUAAAUGCUUAGAAUGCGGGAAGAGCUUUGCUCAGAGCACACAUCUUAAGCAGCAUCAAAGAAUUCACACUGGGGAGAAGCCUUAUAAAUGCUUAGAAUGCGGGAAGAGCUUUGUUGUGAGCUCAAACCUUAAGCAGCAUCAAAGAAUUCACACUGGGGAGAAGCCCUAUAAAUGCUUAGAGUGUGGGAAUUGCUUUGCUAACAGCAAAACCCUUAAGCUGCAUCAAAGAGUUCACACUGGGGAGAAGCCCUAUAAAUGCUUAGAAUGCGGGAAGAGCUUUGCUCAGAGCACACAGCUUAAGCAGCAUCAAAGAAUUCACACUGGGGAGAAGCCCUAUAAAUGCUUAGAGUGUUCAAAGAACUUUGCUCAAAGCGCAAGCCUUAAGCUACAUCAAAGAAUUCACACUGGGGAGAAGCCCUAUAAAUGCUUAGAGUGCGGGAAAUGCUUCGCUCACAGCAAAAGCCUUAAGCUGCAUCAAGGAAUUCACUCUGGGGAGAAGUCCUAUAAAUGCUUAGAAUGCGGGAAGAGCUUUGUUCUAAGCUCACAACUUAAGCAGCAUCAAGGAAUUCACACUGGGGAGAAGCCCUAUAAAUGCUUAGAAUGCGGGAAGAGCUUUGUUGUGAGCUGAAACCUUAAGCAGCAUCAAAGAAUUCACACUGGGGAGAAGCCCUAUAAAUGCUUUGAGUGCGGGAAGAGCUUUGCACAGAGCAGCAGCCUUAAGCUGCAUCAAAGAAUUCACACUGGGGAGAAGCCCUAUAAAUGCUUAGAGUGUGGGAAGAGCUUUCCUCAGAGCAAAACCCUUAAGCAGCAUCAAAGAAUUCACACUGGGGAGAAGCCCUAUAAAUGCUUAGAGUGUGGGAAGAACUUUGCUCGGAGCACACACCUUAAGCAUCAUCAGAGAAUUCACACUGGGGAGAAGCCCUAUAAAUGUUUAGAGUGCGGGAAGAGCUAUAGCCUGGGUAUACAACUUAAGCGGCAUCAAAGAAUUCACACUGGGGAGAAGCCCUAUAAAUGCUUUGAGUGCGGGAAGAGCUUUUCUGAAAGCAGCAAACUUAAGCAGCAUAAAAGAAUUCACACUGGGGAGAAGCCCUAGAAAUGCUUUGAGUGUUGGAAGAUCUUUGCUCUGAGCUUACACCUUAAGCAGCAUCAAAGAAUUCUCUUUGAUGCUAAGCCAUAUAAAUGUAUGGGAUUGUGUGAAAGAAACUUCACUUUCAACACACAACUUAACUUGCAUCAACGAAUUCACACUGGAGAAAAGCCCUAUAAAUGCUUUGAGUGUGGGAAGAGCUUUGCUCUCAGCUCACACCUUAAGCAGCAUCAACGAAUUCACACUGGGGAGAAGCCCUAUAAAUGCUUAGAGUGUGGGAAGAGCUUUGCUCACAGCUCACACCUUAAGCAGCAUCAACGAAUUCACACUGGGGAGAAGCCCUAUAAAUGCAUAGAGUGUGGGAAGAGCUUUGCUCGCAGCUCACACCUUAAGCUGCAUCAAACAAUUCACACUGGGGAGAAGCCCUAUAAAUGCUUUGAGUGCGAGAAGAGCUUUGCUCAGAGCACACACCUUAAGUAUCAUCAAAGAAUUCACACUGGGGAGAAGCCCUAUAAAUGCUUUGAGUGCGGGAAGAGCUUUCUUGAAAGCAGCAAACUUAAGCAGCAUAAAAGAACUCACACUGGGGAGAAGCCCUAUAAAUGCUUUGAGUGCGGGAAGAGCUUUUCUGAAAGCAGCAAACUUAAGCAGCAUAAAAGAACUCACACUGGGGAGAAGCCCUAUAAAUGCUUUGAGUGCGGGAAGAGCUUUGCUGACAGCAACAGCCUUAAGCGGCAUAAAAGAACUCACACUGGGGAGAAGCCCUAUAAAUGCUUAGAGUGCGGGAAGAGCUUUGCUGACAGCAACAGCCUUAAGCGGCAUCAAAGAGUUCACACUGGGGAGAAGCCCUAUAAAUGCUUUGAGUGCGGGAAGAGCUUUUCUGAAAGCAUCAAACUUAAGCAGCAUAAAAGAACUCACACUGGGGAGAAGUCCUAUAAAUGCUUUGAGUGCGGGAAGAGCUUUUCUGAAAGCAGCAACCUUAAGCAGCAUCAAAGAACUCACACUGGGGAGAAUCCCAUUAAAUGCUUAGAGUGUGGAAAGAGCUUUACUCAAUACUCAAGCCUUAAGCAGCAUCAAAGUAUUCACACUGGGGAGAAGCCCUAUAAAUGCUUAGAGUGUGGGAAGAACUUUGCUCAGAGGUCACAGCUUAAGCAGCAUCAAGUAAUGCACACUGGGGAGAAGCCCUAUAAAUGCUUUGAGUGCGGGAAGAGCUUUGCUCGCAGAGAAACCCUUAUGCUGCAUCAAAGAAUUCACACUGGGGAGAAGCCCUAUAAAUGCUUAGAGUGUGGGAAGGACUUUGCUCAGAGGUCACAGCUUAAGCAGCAUCAAGUAAUUCACACUGAGGAAAAGCCCUAUAAAUGCUUUGAGUGCGGGAAGAGCUUUCCUCGCAGAGAUACCCUUAUGCUGCAUCAAACAUUUCACACUGGGGAGAAGCCCUAUAAAUGCUUUGAAUGUGAGAAGAGCUUUGCUCAGACCACACAGCUUAAGCGGCAUCAAAGAAUUCACACUGGGGAGAAGCCCUAUAAAUGCUUUGAGUGCGGGAAGAGCUUUUCUGAAAGCAGCAAACUUAAGCAGCAUAAAAGAACUCACACUGGGGAGAAGCCCUAUAAAUGCUUUGAGUGCGGGAAGAGCUUUACUCAAUGCUCAAGCCUUAAGCAGCAUCAAAGAAUUCACACUGGGGAGAAGCCCUAUAAAUGCUUUGAGUGUGGGAAAUGCUUUGCUCUCAGCUCACACCUUAAGCGGCAUCAACGAAUCCACACUGGGGAGAAGCCCUAUAAAUGCUUAGAGUGUGGGAAGAGCUUUGCUCUCAGCUCACACCUUAAGCAGCAUCAACGAAUUCACACUAGGGAGAAGCCCUAUAAAUGCUUUGAGUGCGGGAAGAAGUGUGGGAAGAGCUUUGCUCGGAGCACACAGCUUAAGCAGCAUCAAGGAAUUCACACUGGGAAGAAGCCCUUUAAAUGCUUAGAGUGCGGGAAGACCUUUGCUCGGAGCACACAGCUUAAGCAGCAUCAACGAAUUCACACUGGGAAGAAGCCCUUUAAAUGCUUAGAGUGCGGGAAGACCUUUGCUCAGAGCACACAGCUUAAGCAGCAUCAAGGAAUUCACACUGGGGAGAAGCCCUAUAAAUGCUUUGAGUGUGGGAAAUGCUUUGCUCUCAGCUCACACCUUAAGCGGCAUCAAACAAUUCACACUGGGGAGAAGCCCUAUAAAUGCUUUGAGUGCGGGAAGAGCUUUUCUGAAAGCAUCAAACUUAAGCAGCAUAAAAGAACUCACACUGGGGAGAAGCCCUAUAAAUGCUUUGAGUGUGGAAACAGCUUUGCUCAGAGCAGCUACCUUAAUCUGCAUCAAAUAAUUCACACUGGGGAGAAGCCCUAUAAAUGCUUUGAGUGUGGGCAGACCUUUGUUCGGCGCUCAAACCUAAAGCAGCAUCAAAGAAUUCACACUGGGGAGAAGCCCUAUAAAUGCUUAGAAUGCGGGAAGAGCUUUGCUCGGAGCACAAACCUUAAGCAUCAUCAAAGAAUUCACACUGGGGAGAAGCCCUAUAAAUGCUUUGAGUGCGGGAAGAGCUUUGCUCAGAGCAGCAGCCUUAAGCUGCAUCAAGGAAUUCACACUGGGAAGAAGCCCCAUAAAUGCUUUGAGUGCGGGAAGAGCUUUGCUCAUGGUAUACAACUUAAGAGGCAUCAAAGAAUUCACACUGGGGAGAAGCCCUAUAAAUGCUUUGAGUGCGGGAAGAGCUUUGCUCAGAGCAGCAGACUUAAGCUGCAUCAAAGAAUUCACACUGGGGAGAAGCCCUAUAAAUGCUUUGAGUGCGGGAAGAGCUUUGCUCAGAGCAGCAAACUUAAGCUGCAUCAAAGAAUUCACACUGGGGAGAAGCCCUAUAAAUGCUUUGAGUGCGGGAAGAGCUUUGCUCACAGCACAAGCCUUAAGCUGCAUCAAGGAAUUCACUCUUUGGAGAAGCCCUAUAAAUGCUUAGAAUGUGGAAUGACCUUUGCUCAGAGUACACAUCUUAAGCGGCAUCAAAGAAUCCACACUGGGGAGAAGCCCUAUAAAUGCUUAGAAUGCGGGAAGAGCUUUGUUGUGAGCUCAAACCUUAAGCAGCAUCAAAGAAUUCACACUGGGGAGAAGCCCUAUAAAUGCUUUGAGUGCGGGAAGAGCUUUGCUCAGAGCAGCAGCCUAAAGCUGCAUAAAAGAAUUCACACUGGGGAGAAGCCCUAUAAAUGCCGAGUGUGUGAAAGAAACUUCACUUUCAACACACAACUUAACUUGCAUCAACGAAUUCACACUGGAGAAAAGCCCUAUAAAUGCUUUGAGUGUGGGAAGAGCUUUGCUCUCAGCUCACACCUUAAGCAGCAUCAACGAAUUCACACUGGGGAGAAGCCCUAUAAAUGCUUAGAGUGUGGGAAGAGCUUUGCUCACAGCUCACACCUUAAGCAGCAUCAACGAAUUCACACUGGGGAGAAGCCCUAUAAAUGCAUAGAGUGUGGGAAGAGCUUUGCUCGCAGCUCACACCUUAAGCUGCAUCAAACAAUUCACACUGGGGAGAAGCCCUAUAAAUGCAUAGAGUGCGAGAAGAGCUUUGCUCAGAGCACACACCUUAAGUAUCAUCAAAGAAUUCACACUGGGGAGAAGCCCUAUAAAUGCUUUGAGUGCGGGAAGAGCUUUCUUGAAAGCAGCAAACUUAAGCAGCAUAAAAGAACUCACACUGGGGAGAAGCCCUAUAAAUGCUUUGAGUGCGGGAAGAGCUUUUCUGAAAGCAGCAAACUUAAGCAGCAUAAAAGAACUCACACUGGGGAGAAGCCCUAUAAAUGCUUUGAGUGCGGGAAGAGCUUUGCUGACAGCAACAGCCUUAAGCGGCAUAAAAGAACUCACACUGGGGAGAAGCCCUAUAAAUGCUUAGAGUGCGGGAAGAGCUUUGCUGACAGCAACAGCCUUAAGCGGCAUCAAAGAGUUCACACUGGGGAGAAGCCCUAUAAAUGCUUUGAGUGCGGGAAGAGCUUUUCUGAAAGCAUCAAACUUAAGCAGCAUAAAAGAACUCACACUGGGGAGAAGUCCUAUAAAUGCUUUGAGUGCGGGAAGAGCUUUUCUGAAAGCAGCAACCUUAAGCAGCAUCAAAGAACUCACACUGGGGAGAAUCCCAUUAAAUGCUUAGAGUGUGGAAAGAGCUUUACUCAAUACUCAAGCCUUAAGCAGCAUCAAAGUAUUCACACUGGGGAGAAGCCCUAUAAAUGCUUAGAGUGUGGGAAGAACUUUGCUCAGAGGUCACAGCUUAAGCAGCAUCAAGUAAUGCACACUGGGGAGAAGCCCUAUAAAUGCUUUGAGUGCGGGAAGAGCUUUGCUCGCAGAGAAACCCUUAUGCUGCAUCAAAGAAUUCACACUGGGGAGAAGCCCUAUAAAUGCUUAGAGUGUGGGAAGGACUUUGCUCAGAGGUCACAGCUUAAGCAGCAUCAAGUAAUUCACACUGAGGAAAAGCCCUAUAAAUGCUUUGAGUGCGGGAAGAGCUUUCCUCGCAGAGAUACCCUUAUGCUGCAUCAAACAUUUCACACUGGGGAGAAGCCCUAUAAAUGCUUUGAAUGUGAGAAGAGCUUUGCUCAGACCACACAACUUAAGCGGCAUCAAAGAAUUCACACUGGGGAGAAGCCCUAUAAAUGCUUUGAGUGCGGGAAGAGCUUUUCUGAAAGCAGCAAACUUAAGCAGCAUAAAAGAACUCACACUGGGGAGAAGCCCUAUAAAUGCUUUGAGUGCGGGAAGAGCUUUACUCACAGCUCACACCUUAAGCGGCAUCAACGAAUCCACACUGGGGAGAAGCCCUAUAAAUGCUUAGAGUGUGGGAAGAGCUUUGCUCUCAGCUCACACCUUAAGCAGCAUCAACGAAUUCACACUAGGGAGAAGCCCUAUAAAUGCUUUGAGUGCGGGAAGAGCUUUGCUCACAGCACAAGCCUUAAGCUGCAUCAAGGAAUUCACUCUGGGGAGAAGUCCUAUAAAUGCUUUGAGUGUGGGAAAUGCUUUGCUCUCAGCUUACAGCUUAAGCGGCAUCAACGAAUCCACACUGGGGAGAAGCCCUAUAAAUGCUUAGAGUGUGGGAAGAGCUUUGCUCACAGCUCACACCAUAAGCAGCAUCAACGAAUUCACACUGGGAAGAAGCCCUUUAAAUGCUUAGAGUGCAGGAAGACCUUUGCUCGGAGCACACAGCUUAAGCAGCAUCAAGGAAUUCACACUGGGGAGAAGCCCUAUAAAUGCUUUGAGUGUGGGAAAUGCUUUGCUCUCAGCUCACACCUUAAGCGGCAUCAAACAAUUCACACUGGGGAGAAGCCCUAUAAAUGCUUUGAGUGCGGGAAGAGCUUUUCUGAAAGCAUCAAACUUAAGCAGCAUAAAAGAACUCACACUGGGGAGAAGCCCUAUAAAUGCUUUGAGUGUGGAAACAGCUUUGCUCAGAGCAGCUACCUUAAUCUGCAUCAAAUAAUUCACACUGGGGAGAAGCCCUAUAAAUGCUUUGAGUGUGGGCAGACCUUUGUUCGGCGCUCAAACCUAAAGCAGCAUCAAAGAAUUCACACUGGGGAGAAGCCCUAUAAAUGCUUAGAAUGCGGGAAGAGCUUUGCUCGGAGCACAAACCUUAAGCAUCAUCAAAGAAUUCACACUGGGGAGAAGCCCUAUAAAUGCUUUGAGUGCGGGAAGAGCUUUGCUCAGAGCAGCAGCCUUAAGCUGCAUCAAGGAAUUCACACUGGGAAGAAGCCCCAUAAAUGCUUUGAGUGCGGGAAGAGCUUUGCUCAUGGUAGACAACUUAAGAGGCAUCAAAGAAUUCACACUGGGGAGAAGCCCUAUAAAUGCUUUGAGUGCGGGAAGAGCUUUGCUCAGAGCAGCAGACUUAAGCUGCAUCAAAGAAUUCACACUGGGGAGAAGCCCUAUAAAUGCUUUGAGUGCGGGAAGAGCUUUGCUCAGAGCAGCAAACUUAAGCUGCAUCAAAGAAUUCACACUGGGGAGAAGCCCUAUAAAUGCUUUGAGUGCGGGAAGAGCUUUGCUCACAGCACAAGCCUUAAGCUGCAUCAAAGAAUUCACUCUUUGGAGAAGCCCUAUAAAUGCUUAGAAUGCGGGAAGAGCUUUGCUCAUGGUAUACAACUUAAGAGUCAUCAAAGAAUUCACACUGGGGAGAAGCCCUAUAAAUGCUUAGAAUGCGGGAAGAGCUUUGUUGUGAGCUCAAACCUUAAGCAGCAUCAAAGAAUUCACACUGGGGAGAAGCCCUAUAAAUGCUUUGAGUGCGGGAAGAGCUUUGCUCAGAGCAGCAGCCUAAAGCUGCAUAAAAGAAUUCACACUGGGGAGAAGCCCUAUAAAUGCUUAGGAUGCGGGAAGAGCUUUGCUUGGAGCAAAGUCCUUAAGCAGCAUCAAAGAAUUCACACUGGGGAGAAACCCUAGAAAUGCUUUGAGUAUGGGAAAAGCUUUGCUCUCAGCUCACACCUUAAGCAGCAUCAAUGAAUUCACACUGGGGAGAAGCCCUAUAAAUGCUUAGAGUGUGGGAAGAGCUUUGCUCACAGCUCACACCUUAAGCAGCAUCAACGAAUUCACACUGGGGAGAAGCCCUAUAAAUGCAUAGAGUGUGGGAAGAGCUUUGCUCGCAGCUCACACCUUAAGCUGCAUCAAACAAUUCACACUGGGGAGAAGCCCUAUAAAUGCUUUGAGUGCGAGAAGAGCUUUGCUCAGAGCACACACCUUAAGUAUCAUCAAAGAAUUCACACUGGGGAGAAGCCCUAUAAAUGCUUUGAGUGCGGGAAGAGCUUUGCUGACACCAACAGCCUUAAGCGGCAUCAAACAAUUCACACUGGGGAGAAGCCCUAUAAAUGCUUUGAGUGCGGGAAGAGCUUUUCUGAAAGCAUCAAACUUAAGCAGCAUAAAAGAACUCACACUGGGGAGAAGUCCUAUAAAUGCUUUGAGUGCGGGAAGAGCUUUUCUGAAAGAAGCAACCUUAAGCAGCAUCAAAGAACUCACACUGGGGAGAAUCCCAUUAAAUGCUUAGAGUGCGGAAAGAGCUUUACUCAAUGCUCAAGCCUUAAGCAGCAUCAAAGUAUUCACACUGGGGAGAAGCCCUAUAAAUGCUUAGAGUGUGGGAAGAACUUUGCUCAGAGGUCACAGCUUAAGCAGCAUCAAGUAAUUCACACUGGGGAGAAGCCCUAUAAAUGCUUUGAGUGCGGGAAGAGCUUUGCUCGCAGAGAAACCCUUAUGCUGCAUCAAAGAGUUCACACUGGGGAGAAGCCCUAUAAAUGCUUUGAAUGUGAGAAGAGCUUUGCUCAGACCACACAACUUAAGCGGCAUCAGAGAAUUCACACUGGGGAGAAGCCCUAUAAAUGCUUUGAGUGCGGGAAGAGCUUUUCUGAAAGCAGCAAACUUAAGCAGCAUAAAAGAACUCACACUGGGGAGAAGCCCUAUAAAUGCUUUAAGUGCGGGAAGAGCUUUACUCAAUACUCACAACUUAACUUGCAUAAAAGAAUUCACACUGGGGAAAAGCCCUAUAAAUGCUUUGAGUGUGGGAAAUGCUUUGCUCUCAGCUCACACCUUAAGCGGCAUCAACGAAUCCACACUGGGGAGAAGCCCUAUAAAUGCUUUGAGUGUGGGAAGAGCUUUGCUCUCAGCUCACACUUUAAGGAGCAUCAACGAAUUCACACUGGGAAGAAGCCCUUUAAAUGCUUAGAGUGUGGGAAAUGCUUUGCUCUCAGCUCACACCUUAAGCGGCAUCAACGAAUCCACACUGGGGAGAAGCCCUAUAAAUGCUUAGAGUGUGGGAAGACCUUUGCUCGGAGCACACAGCUUAAGCAGCAUCAAGGAAUUCACACUGGGGAGAAGCCCUAUAAAUGCUUUGAGUGCGGGAAGAGCUUUGCUCAGAGUAGCUACUUUAAGCUGCAUCAAAUAAUUCACACUAGGGAGAAGCCCUAUAAAUGCUUUGAGUGUGGGCAGACCUUUGUUCAGAUUUCAAACCUAAAGCAGCAUCAAGGAAUUCACACUGGGGAGAAGCCCUAUAAAUGCUUUGAGUGCGGGAAAUGCUUUGCUCAGAGUAGCUACCUUAAGCGCCAUCAACGAAUCCACACUGGGGAGAAACCCUAUAAAUGCUUAGAGUGUGGGAAGAGCUUUGCUCAGAGCAUACACCUUAAGCUGCAUCAAAGAAUUCACACUGGGGAGAAGCCCUUUAAAUGCUUUGAGUGCGGGAAGAGCUUUGCUCAGAGCAGCAGCCUUAAGCUGCAUCAAGGAAUUCACACUGGGGAGAAGCCCCAUAAAUGCUUUGAGUGCGGGAAGAGCUUUGCUCAUGGUAUACAACUUAAGAGGCAUCAAAGAAUUCACACUGGGGAGAAGCCCUAUAAAUGCUUUGAGUGCGGGAAGAGCUUUGCUCAGAGCAGUUACCUAAAGCUUCAUCAAAUAAUUCACACUGGGGAGAAGCCCUAUAAAUGCUUUGAGUGCGGGAAGAGCUUUGCUCGGAGCAGCAAACUUAAGCUGCAUCAAAGAAUUCACACUAGGGAGAAGCCCUAUAAAUGCUUUGAGUGCGGGAAGAGCUUUGCUCAGAGCAGCAGCCUUAAGCUGCAUCAAGGAAUUCACUCUGGGGAGAAGUCCUAUAAAUGCUUUGAGUGCGGGAAGAGCUUUGUUGUGAGCUCAAAACUUAAGCAGCAUCAAAAAAUUCACACUGGGGAGAAGCCCUAUAAAUGCUUUGAGUGCGGGAAGAGCUUUGUUGAGAGCUCAAACCUUAAGCAGCAUCAAAGAAUUCACACUGGGGAGAAGCCCUAUAAAUGCUUUGAGUGCGGGAAGAGCUUUAUUUGAUCUCAUUCAAGGAAAUUAGUUCUGCAUCAAAGAAUUCACACUGGGGAGAAGCCCUAUAAAUGCUUAGAAUGCGGGAAGAGCUUUGCUCAGAGCACACUCCUUAAGCUUCAUCAAAGAAUUCACAGUGGGGAGAAGCCCUAUAAAUGCUUAGAAUGUGGGAAGAGCUUUGCUCAAAGUGCAGGCCUUAAGAGGCAUCAAAGAAUUCACAGUGGGGAGAAGCCCUAUAAAUGCUUAGAAUGCGGGAAGAGCUUUGCUCUGAGCUCACACCUUAAGCGGCAUCAAAGAAUUCACACUGGGGAGAAGACCUAUAAAUGCUUAGAGUGCGGGAAGAGCUUUGCUCAGGGAAUACAUCUUAAGCAGCAUCAAAGAAUUCACACUGGAGAGGAGCCCUAUAAAUGCUUAGAGUGCGGGAAGAGCUUUGCUCAGAGGACAGCCCUUAAGCAGCAUCAAAGAAUUCACACUGGGGAGAAGCUCUAUAAAUGCUUUGAGUGUGGGAAGAGCUUUGCUCAGGGAAUACAUCUUAAGAAGCAUCAAAGAAUUCACACUGGGGAGGGGCCCUAUAAAUGCUUACAGUGUGGGAAGAGCUUUACUCAAAGCACAAGCCUUAAGCUGCAUCAAAGUAUUCACACUGGGGAGAAGCCCUAUAAAUGCUUAGAGUGCGGGAAGAGCUUUGCUCAAGGUAUUCAUCUUAAGCAGCAUCAAAGAAUUCACACUGGGGAGAAGCCCUAUAAAUGCUUUGAGUGUGGGAAGAGCUUUGCUCAGAAAAUACACCUUAAGCUGCAUCAAAGAAUUCACACUGGGGAGAAGCCCUAUAAAUGCUUUGAGUGCGGGAAGAGCUUUGCUCACCGCAACAGCCUUAAGCAGCAUCAAAGAAUACACACUGGGGAGAAGCCCUAUAAAUGCUUAGAGUGCGGGAAGAGCUUUACUCGCAGCAGCAACCUUAAGCGGCAUCAAAGAAUUCACACUGGGGAGAAGCCCUAUAAAUGCUUAGAAUGCGGGAAGAGCUUUGCUCAGGGUAUACAUCUUAAGCGGCAUCAAGGAAUUCACACUGGAGGGAAGCCCUAUAAAUGCUUAGAAUGCGGGAAGAGCUUUGCUCUGAGCUCACACCUUAAGCGGCAUCAAAGAAUUCACACUGGGGAGAAGCCCUAUAAAUGCUUAGAGUGCGGGAAGAGCUUUGCUCAGGGUAUACACCUUAAGCAGCAUCAAGGAAUUCACACUGGGGAGAAGCCCUAUAAAUGCUUAGAGUGUGGGAAGAUCUUUGCUCAGGGAAUACAUCUUAAGCAGCAUCAAAGAAUUCACACUGGAGAGGAGCCCUAUAAAUGCUUAGAGUGCGGGAAGAGCUUCACUUUCAACUCACAACUUAACUUGCAUAAAAGAAUUCACACUGGGGAGAAGCCCUAUAAAUGCUUUGAGUGUGGGAAGAGCUUUGCUCUCAGCUCACACCUUAAGCAGCAUCAACGAAUUCACACUGGGGAGAAGCCCUAUAAAUGCAUUGAAUGUGGUAAGAGCUUUGCUCGCAGCUCACUCCUUAAGCUGCAUCAACGAAUUCACACUGGAGAAAAGCCCUAUAAAUGCUUUGAGUGUGGGAAGAGCUUUGCUCUCAGCUCACGCCUUAAGCUGCAUCAAAGAAUUCACACUGGGGAGAAGCCCUAUAAAUGCUUAGAGUGUGGGAAGAGCUUUCCUCAGAGCACAGCCCUUAAGCUGCAUCAAAGAAUUCACACUGGGGAGAAGCCCUAUAAAUGCUUAGAGUGUGGGAAGAGCUUUGCUCUCAGCUCACACCUUAAGCUGCAUCAACGAAUUCACACUGGGGAGAAGCCCUAUAAAUGUUUAGAGUGCGGGAAGAGCUAUGGCCAGGGUAUACAUCUUAGGCAGCAUCAAAGAAUUCACACUGGGGAGAAGCCCUAUAAAUGCUUUGAGUGUGGGCGGACCUUUGUUGGGAGCUCACACCUAAAGCUGCAUCAAAGAAUUCACACUGGGGAGAAGCCCUAUAAAUGCUUUGAGUGUGGGCGGACCUUUGUUGGGAGCUCACACCUACAGCUGCAUCAAAGAAUUCACACUGGGGAGAAGCCCUAUAAAUGCUUAGAAUGCGGGAAGAGCUUUGCUCAGAACACACACCUUAAGCAGCAUCAAAGAAUUCACACUGGGGAGAAGCCGUAUAAAUGCUUUGAGUGCGGGAAGAGCUUUGCUCACAGCAGCAGCCUUAAGCAGCAUAAAAGAAUUCACACUGGGGAGAAGUGCUAUAAAUGCUUUGAGUGCGGGAAGAGCUUUGCUCACAGCAGCAGCCUUAAGCAGCAUAAAAGAAUUCACACUGGGGAGAAGCCCUAGAAAUGCUUUGAGUGCGGGAAGAGCUUUGCUGACAGCAACACCCUUAAGCAGCAUCAAAGAAUUCACACCGGGGAGAAGCCCUAGAAAUGCUUUGAGUGUUGGAAGAUCUUUGCUCUGAGCUUACACCUUAAGCAGCAUCAUAAAAGAAUUCACACUGGGGAGAAGCCCUAUAAAUGCUUUGAGUGCGAGAAGAGCUUUGCUGACAGCAGCAGCCUUAAGCGGCAUCAAAGAAUUCACACUGGGGAGAAGCCCUAUAAAUGCUUUGAGUGCGGGAAGAGCUUUUCUCAGAGCACAAACCUUAAGCAUCAUCAAAGACUUCACACUGGGGAGAAGCCCUAUAAAUGCUUUGAGUGCGGGAAGAGCUUUGCUCAGAGCAGCAGCCUUAAGCUGCAUCAAAGAAUUCACACUGGGGAGAAGCCCCAUAAAUGCUUUGAGUGCGGGAAGAGCUUUGCUCGUGGUAUACAUCUUAAGAGUCAUCAAAGAAUUCACACUGAGGAGAAGCCCUAUAAAUGCUUACAAUGCGGGAAGAGCUUUUCUCGGAGCACAAACCUUAAGCAUCAUCAAAGAAUUCACACUGGGGAGAAGCCCUAUAAAUGCUUUGAGUGCGGGAAGAGCUUUGCUCAGAGCAGGAACCUUAAGCUGCAUCAAAGAAUUCACACUGGGGAGAAGCCGUAUAAAUGCUUUGAGUGCAGGAAGAGCUUUACUCAGAGCAGCAGCCUUAAGCUGCAUCAAAGAAUUCACACUGGGGAGAAGCCAUAUAAAUGCUUUGAGUGCGAGAAGAGCUUUGCUCAGAGAACACACCUUAAGCGGCAUCAAAGAAUUCACACUGGGGAGAAGCCCUAUAAAUGCUUUGAGUGCGGGAAGAGCUUUUCUGAAAGAAGCAAACUUAAGCUGCAUCAAAGAAAUCACACUGGGGAGAACCCCAUGAAUAAGCCCUAUAAAUGCUUAGAAUGCGGGAAGAGCUUUGCUCAGGAUAUACAUCUUAAGCGGCAUCAAGGAAUUCACAGUGGAGAGAAGCCCUAUAAAUGCUUAGAAUGCGGGAAGAGCUUUGCUCAGAGCACACUCCUUAAGCGGCAUCAAAGAAUUCACACUGGGGAGAAGCCCUAUAAAUGCUUAGAAUGCGGGAAGAGCUUUGCUCAGGGUAUACAUCUUAAGCAGCAUCAACUAAUUCACACUGGAGAGAAGCCCUAUAAAUGCUUAGAAUGCGGGAAGAGCUUUGCUCUGAGCUCACACCUUAAGCAGCAUCAAAGAAUUCACACUGGGGAGAAGCCCUAUAAAUGCUUAGAGUGCGGGAAGAGCUUUGCUCAGGGUAUACACCUUAAGCGCCAUCAAGGAAUUCACACUGGGGAGAAGCCCUAUAAAUGCUCAGAGUGUGGGAAGAGCUUUGCUCAGGGAAUACAUCUUAAGCGGCAUCAAAGAAUUCACACUGAGGAGAAGCCCCAGAAAUGCUUUGAGUGCGGGAAGAGCUUUGCUCAGGGUAUACACCUUAAGCGCCAUCAAGAAAUUCACACUGGGGAGAAGCCCUAUAAAUGCUUAGAGUGCGGGAAGAGCUUUACUCAGAGCACCAGCCUUAAGCUGCAUCAAAGGAUUCACACUGAGGAGAAGCCCCAGAAAUGCUUUGAGUGCGGGAAGAGCUUUGCUCAUGGUAUAUAUCUUAAGCGGCAUCAAAGAAUUCACACUGGGGAGAAGCCCUAUAAAUGCUUAGAGUGUGGGAAGAGCUUUGCUCAGGGAAUACAUCUUAAGCAGCAUCAAAGAAUUCACACUGGGGAGGAGCCCUAUAAAUGCUUACAGUGUGGGAAGAGCUUUACUCAAAGCACAAGCCUUAAGCUUCAUCAAAGAAUUCACACUGGGGAGAAGCCCUAUAAAUGCUUAGAGUGCGGGAAGAGCUUUGCUCAAGGUAUUCAUCUUAAGCAGCAUCAAAGAAUUCACACUGGGGAGAAGCCCUAUAAAUGCUUUGAGUGUGGGAAGAGCUUUGCUCAUAAAAUACACCUUAAGCUGCAUCAAAGAAUUCACACUGGGGAGAAGCCCUAUAAAUGCUUUGAGUGCGGGAAGAGCUUUGCUCAGAGGACAGCCCUUAAGCAGCAUCAAAGAAUACACACUGGGGAGAAGCCCUAUAAAUGCUUAGAGUGCGGGAAGAGCUUUGCUCAGGGUAUACACCUUAAGCGGCAUCAAAGAAUUCACACUGGAGAGGAGCCCUAUAAAUGCUUAGAGUGCGGGAAGACCUUUGCUCAGAGGACAGCCCUUAAGCAGCAUCAGGGAAUUCACAAUGGGGAGAUUCUCUAUAAAUGCUUAGAGUGUGGGAAGAGCUUUACUCGCAGCAGCAGCCUUAAGCUGCAUCAAAGAAUUCACACUGGGGAGAAGCUCUAUAAAUGCUUUGAGUGUGGGAAGAGCUUUGCUCAGGGAAUACAUCUUAAGCAGCAUCAAAGAAUUCACACUGGGGAGGAGCCCUAUAAAUGCCUACAGUGUGGGAAGAGCUUUACUCAAAGCACAAGCCUUAAGCUGCAUCAAAGAAUUCACACUGGGGAGAAGCCCUAUAAAUGCUUAGAGUGCGGGAAGAGCUUUGCUCAAGGUAUUAAUCUUAAGCAGCAUCAAAGAAUUCACACUGGGGAGAAGCCCUAUAAAUGCUUUGAGUGCGGGAAGAGCUUUGCUCAGAAAAUACACCUUAAGCGGCAUCAAAGAAUACACACUGGGGAGAAGCCCUAUAAAUGAUUUGAGUGAGGGAAGAGCUUUGCUCUGGGUAUACAUCUUAAGCAGCAUUAAAGAAUUCACACUGGGGAGAAGCCCUAGAUAUGCUUUGAGUGUCGGAAGAUCUUUGCUCUGAGCUCACAACUUAAGCAGCAUCAAAGAAUUCUGUUAAAGCAGCCCAAAACAGCAUUUGCUUUUUUUGCAACCACAUCACACUGUUGGCUCAUAUUCAGCUUGUGAUCUAGAACAAUUCCAAUGUGGUUCUUGUUUGUAGUAUUGCUGAGUCAUGUAUCCCCCCGUCUUGUAAAUGUGCAUUUGGUUUCCUUUUCGUAGGUGUAGAAGUUGGCAUUAAUCCCUAUUAAAUUUCAUUCUGUUGUUUUCAUAUCAGCA